AUGACUAGGGACAGUGAAGAGAAACUCCAGAGGAAUAUAAACAUGAGCAAGAUUAAGUUUAUGAGGUUAAAUCGGAACCAGGAACUUGAAGCAACAAAUGCUAGUGUAGAAGGUGAGAAAAUGGAAGCAGUAGUUAAAACAAAAGUUGCUGGAUGCAUGCAAAAGAUUAGGAGAAGUGUAAGAAUAACCGUGGCUGGAGUCACUGUUGUAGUUUGUGACAGCUGCAAUAUGUCAGUGAUUUAUAGCAGCAGCAGCAGCAGUAGUAGUAGUAGUAGUAGUAGUAGUAGUAGCAGUAGUAGUAGUAGUAGUAGUAGUAGAAGUCAGGAUCUGCCUUUGAAAGUCUCUGAAUUCACUUGUCCUUAA